AAAGCAACACACAAAAGCCGAAUGGGAGCCAAGGCAGAGCUGCCUGACUAGCCAUAGGGUCAGGGUUCUGUGCUGUAGAAAUAGUGAAGCAUAUUGCCUGAGCUAUGCUGGGAGCUGCUGAUAAGGGAUUUUUUCUCCAGUAACACCUGCAAAGUUUAAGAGAUCCCAAAGGAAAAUCAGACAAAUCUGCAUCAGAAUACAUUGUUUCCUGCAGAGGAAUGUGAAGAUGGGAAAUUCUUACGCCGGACAGCUCAAGACAACAAGGUUUGAAGAAGUGUUGCAUAAUUCUAUCGAGGCCUCUCUCCGCUCAAACAACUUAGUUCCAAGGCCGAUCUUCUCUCAGUUGUACUUGGAAGCUGAACAGCAGCUGUCGUUGCUGGAAGCAGGCAGCAGAGCAGAUAAUGAGGAAGAGGAAGAAGAGGAGGAAGAAGAAGGCUCAGAGUCAAGCAGUCCUGUUUCUUACCAGAUGAAGCCUCCCCCAGAGGGUUGUUGCACUACUGAUGGUUUCUGCCAGGCUGGUAAAGAUUUGAGACUGGUUUCAAUUUCCAACGAACAUAUUGAGGUACCAUCAGGGUUUUUACUUGUUGGUGCCAAGUCACCAAAUUUACCUGAUCACCUCUUAGUGUGUGCUGUGGAUAAAAGAUUUCUUCCAGAUGAUAAUGGGCGCAAUGCCCUGUUGGGCUUCUCUGGCAAUUGUGUUGGCUGUGGCAAGAAAGGUUUCUGCUACUUUACGGAAUUCUCAAAUCACAUUAACCUUAAACUGACCACUCAGCCCAAGAAACAGAAACACUUAAAGUAUUAUCUGGUCAGGAAUGCACAGGGAGCUCUGACGAAAGGAUCUGUAAUCUGCUGGAAAGGGGCAGAACUCAGAGGGCGGCAGUCCUUGUCCAGCACCUGCUCAGGCACGGGGUGCCAACUGCCAGAGAGCGCAGGCCUCUCCGGGAGCACCGCGACCGAGCCUCCCCCAAACCCUGCGCCUGGGACUCCACAAACAGCUACAGCCAUAGAUCAUAUCCCAUCAACAGCAGCAUUCGGCUCAGCAGCUUAUAAUGGCAAGGAAUCUCCUAAACAACAGUUGGCGAAAAAUAACCUAUCUGCUUUGACAAGGCCAUCGGUGUUAGGCACUUUGACAAAUUCAGGGCCUCCAAAAAAACGCCAUAAAGGUUGGUCACCAGAGUCUCCAUCAUCCACUGAAACUUGGAACUUGCCGCUCAACCCACAGGCUCCAAAUAGAAUUAAAAAUGAUGGAGGAAGCCUAUCAUCUCUACCGCAUUCUGCUUUGGUGGGGCCAGCAUCAUCUCCAAUCGUGGGCUCAGGAGAGCCUGUCUCAGUUCCUGACAACCUGCUGAAAAUCUGUAAAGCAAAGCCAGUUAUUUUCAAAGGUCAUGGAAAUUUCCCGUAUCUUUGCGGGAACAUUAAUGAUGUGAUAGUGAGUCCUCUGCUGUAUACCUGUUACAGAAAUUCACAGUCUUUAUCUAGAGCAUAUGAACAAUAUGGUGCCCCGACAAUACAGCCCAUUUCAGAAGAGAUGCAGCUCUUGUUGACUGUCUACUACCUUGUUCAGCUAGCUUCAGACCAAGUUCCUCUUAUUGAGGAUUUAGAACAAAUAUUCAUGCGUUCUUGGCGAGAGUCGCACCUAUCUGAAAUCCGUCAGUACCAACAGAUGAUUCCGCAGACCUUUCCUCAAGUGCCCAGCCAGAUCGCCCCAGUGACCUCAGCCCAGCUCCCCUGGCUGGCAGGGCUGGCAGCCAGCUCCUGUAAUGACAGCGUUCACAUCAUUGAGUGCAGCUAUUCUCUGGCUGAAGGGCUUUCAGAAAUGUUUAAGCUGCUCAUCGAAGGAAAAUUAAUAAAGACAAACUAUGUGGUGAUCAUCUGUGCUAGCAGAAAUAGAGCCAUUGAUUCCUGCAUUGUGAUAACAGGAAAGUAUCAGGCAAGAAUUCUGUCUGAGGGCAUGCUCACUCCUUCAGACUACCAAAAAGAAGUGAACUAUCAGCUGGUCACAGGCAAAGUGGAAUCUCUGGGGUCCUUCUUCAGCACCCUCUGCCCAGAGGGUGACAUCGAUCUUUUGCUGGAGAAAUUUUAUCAGGAAAACCAAGGGCACAUCUCUUCAUCACUGUCUGCUUCAGCAAAUAAAUCAACAGCACUGAAUGGAACAGGAGCAGCUGUGUGUACAAGUUAUGAGAUUGAACGACAUCAGAUUCGACCAUUCCAGCUGGCAGUAGCUCAGAAACUGCUGUCUCAUAUUUGCUCAAUUGCUGACUCCAGCACUCAAAAUCUUGAUUUGGGUUCCUUUGAGAAAAUUGAUUUCUUGAUUUGUGUUCCACCCUCUGAAGUGACUUAUCAGCAGACUUUGUUUCAUCUCUGGCAUUCAGGUAUUUUAUUAGAACUUGGGUUGGAGAAGCAGCAUCUUACGAAGCAGAAGGUGGAACAGUAUGUUCUGAAACUAGACGCAGAAGCCCAGAUUAAGUUCAAAGUCUUUCUGCAAAACUCUAUGCAGAAUCCACACACACUGUUUGUCCUAAUCCAUGAUCAUGCACACUGGGAUCUAAUGAGUGCUAUGCAUAGCCUUUAUCCUCAGACAGAACUGUCUACGGGACUUGUUGAUAGACUGUUGAACUGCAGGGAGGUGAAAGAGGCGCCCAACAUUGUGACGCUCCAUGUGACUUCCUUUCCUUAUGCGCUGCAGACGCAGCACACUCACAUCAGCCCUUACAAUGAGAUCCACUGGCCUUCUUCAUACAGCAAUGGUGUAGAUUUAUAUCAUGAAAACAAGAAAUACUUUGGACUGUCAGAAUUCAUUGAAUCCACUCUGUCUGGGCAUAGUAUCCCACUGCUUCGGUAUGACAGCUCUUUUGAAGCAAUGGUCAUGGCUCUGGGAAAGAGGUUUCCCAGAUUACACAGUGCAGUGAUAAGGACUUUUGUCCUCAUACAACACUACUCUGCAGCUAUGAUGGCAGUGUGUGGUCUUUCUCAGAUGAAGAAUUACACCUCAGUUGAAACUCUGGAAAUCACCCAAAACCUAAUAAACUCUUCAAGACAGUGUCCUAGUGGUCAUGGCCUCAUGGUAGUGUUGAGAAUUCCAUGUACCCCACUGGCUGCAGUGGCAUAUGAACGUCUGUAUAAUGUAAGGGAAAGACUAGCCCUUGAAGAUAACUUUGAAAUAAUCUUGGGAAAUCCUAAUUCUGGAAUCACUAUAGGGAAGCACUUUGUGGAGCAACUAAAGGUCUGGCAGAAAAUUGAAGAUGUAGAUUGGAGGCCACAGACCUAUUUGGAACUGGAAGGUUUGCCCUGUAUAUUAAUAUUCAGUGGUAUGGAUCCACAAGGGGAGUCUUUACCACGAUCACUGAGAUACUGUGACCUACGUUUAAUAAAUUCAUCUUCUUUAGUAAGGACAACUUUGGAGCAAGAGCUUGGUUUGGCAGCAUACUUUGUGAGCUCAGAAAUUCACACUGAGAAAGCAGUUGUGAAUGAUGUGUUGGAAAGCGACCCAGAGAAACUAAGCAGCACUGAUAAUGAAGAUGAAGAAAUAGCAACAGAAGGUUCUACUUCAGAAAAGAGAAGUCCUAUGAAAAGAGAAAGAUCUCACUCUCAUGACUCUGCAUCUUCAUCUCUCUCUUCAAAAGCUUCCAUUACAGCAUUCUGCAGCGAGCCAUCUCCUCCUUUAGUAACAGCAGGAGACAGAGCAAAAUCCCCCCACCAAGUCCUAAGUAACAGCACCGAAGAAACUACAAAUAGCCAUGAGAAGCAGAAGCAGAAGGUAGACAAGGGGGCACAAACAACAAUCAGCAAACACUUACCUCCGGGAAAUGAACAACCUGAUACAAAACAAAACCUAAAAAGUGCCCAAAUUUCCAUCACCUCCUCAUCUUCCUCACCUUUCUCUUCCUCUUCUUCCUCCUCUGCACCUACUCAUAACUCCUUCAUCUUACAGACCUCUCAAUGCUUCAUGACUAAAUCAUCAAAACAGCCUCCCAUAGUUUUCCUGCCCAAACUGGUUUAUGACAUUAUUACCUCUACGGACAGCAGUGGACUUCCAAAAUCAUCUUCCCUUUUGCCUUACCACUCUGUGAUGUGGGCAAGUUCUUUUCGUCCUCUUAUGAGUAAGAUGAUGACUUGCACAGAGCAGUCUCUAUACUACCGCCAAUGGACAGUGCCCAAGCCAAUCCAUAUGGACUACAAUAAUAGAAAUGAGGGCAGAAUGGACACCUUUCACCCAAGGAGACUGCUGCUGAGUGGGCCACCACAGAUAGGGAAAACAGGUGCCUACCUGCAGUUCCUCAGUAUUUUGUCCAGAAUGCUGAUCAGGCUGACGGAAGUGGAUGUUUAUGAUGAGGAAGAAAUCAACAUUAACAUAAAAGAAGAAUCAGAUCAAUGCUACCAUCAGCCUGGAGAUACAUGGCCAGAUUUGGAGAUGUUUAAGAAGAUCCCUUUUGACUAUACUAUCCAUGACCCAAAAUAUGAAGAUGCAAGUCUGAUUUGUUCCAAGCUUCAGGCUGUAAACAGUGAAGACAGACCCAUUAGCAGAAGGCAGGAGGAUAUGUACACCCACCGUCAAACAACUAGAAUGAGAUUAUCCAAGUAUGCAGCGUAUAACACCUACCAUCACUGUGAACAGUGCCAUCAAUAUAUGGGUUUCAAUCCCAGAUACCAGCUUUAUGAGUCCACUCUGCAUGCAUUUGCCUUUUCCUAUUCCAUGCUGGGAGAAGAGAUCCAGCUUCAUUUUAUCAUUCCAAAGUCAAAGGAGCAUCAUUUUGUCUUUAGCCAACCAGGAAGACAACUGGAAAGCAUGAGGCUGCCACUAGUCACAGAUAAGAGUGAAGAUUUCAUAAAAAGCCCCACUUUUACUCCCACCACUGGGCGCCAUGAACAUGGGCUUUUCAAUUUAUAUCAUGCAAUGGAUGGAGCCAGUCAUCUGCAUGUUUUAGUUGUCAAGGAAUACGAAAUGGCCAUAUAUAAAAAGUAUUGGCCCAAUCACAUUAUGCUUGUUCUUCCAAGCAUUUUCAACAGUGCAGGAGUGGGUGCGGCACACUUCCUGAUCAAAGAGCUGUCUUAUCAUAACUUGGAGCUAGAACGAAAUCGGCAGGAGGAGCUGGGCAUCAAGCCGCAGGACAUUUGGCCUUUCAUUGUCAUUUCAGAUGACUCCUGUGUUAUGUGGAAUGCAGUAGAAGUUGAUUGUUCAGGAGACAGGAAAAGCGACUAUACAUGGACUGAAAGGAAUGUUUCAUUGAAGCACAUUCUGCAACGUAUUGAAGCAACUCCUAACGUCACUCACUAUGCUUUAAUUGGGAUGAGAAAAUGGUCCAGUAAAACAAACACUUCUGACAUCAAGGAACCAUUCUCGUGUUGCCACGUCCAUGAUUUCAUUAUGCUAAAUGUUGAUCUGACACAGAAUGUCCAAUACAAUCAGAACAGAUUUACCUGUGAUGAUGUUGACUUCAACUUGCGUGUCCACAGUGCUGGCCUUCUUAUUUGUCGGUUCAAUCACUUCAGUGUCAUGAAAAAGCAAAUUGCAGUAGGAGGACAAAGAUCCUUCCACAUUAAGUCCAAGGUAUCUGACAUUCCAGUUUCAAUCUCACCUGCUCAAUACAUUUGUGCUCCUGACAGCAAGCAUACCUUCUUGUCAGCACCUGCCCAGUUACUCCUAGAAAAAUACCUCCAGUAUCACAGCCAUCGCUUCUUCCCUCUCUCACUGAAGAAUUAUAGACAUCCAGUGCUCUCUGUUGACUGUUACCUCAACUUAGGACCGCAGAUUGCAGUUUGCUAUGUGAGUUCACGGCCUCACUCUCUGAAUAUCAGUUCCUCUGGUUUGACAUUCAGUGGUCUCCUGCUGUACCUCUGUGACUCCUUUGUUGUAGCUAGCUUUUUGAAGAAGUUCCAUUUUCUUAAAGGUGCCACCCUGUGUGUUAUUUGUCAAGAUCGGAAUUCUCUUCGCCAGACUGUUGUCCGGCUGGAGCUGGAAGAUGAAUGGCAGUUUCGAUUGAGGGAUGAAUUCCAGACUGCCAACGCAAAAGAGGACAGGCCACUUUUCUUCCUGACUGGACGACAUAUUUAAUAGAAACUAGACACUUUUCCUGAAUAACUAGGGGAAAAAAAAAAAGAAGAAGAAGAAGAAGAAGAAGAAGAAGAAGAAUGAUACAGGAGACUAAUUGCCAGCAUCUCAUGAAAUGGCUUUCGAGAGGCUGUGCUUUCUGAGGAGAAACAGGACUUGCCAUUGUCUAUUAGAAUCAAUUUAUCCUCUUAUUUCCAAGCACUGUAAGUGGAUUUUCUAAUUUAAUCGUCUGACGGAGGUAAUUCUUGAUUCCUGGGAAGGACAGAGAAACUCAUUAUUCCUUGUGGCAGCAAAACAUUUCAAUCAGAAGGGAAAUCAAUGAAUGCAUUUCUUCUGACACAAAAAAGACCACACACAAGUUGAUAAGCAAGAGUUUUAGAAAACUUGUGUUCAUUCCAGAAAUAGGAAAUGUAAAUGUAGGAACAGGUUUUGAUUUUGUUUUACAAGUCUUAUUUAUCUAACAGUUGGCACAAGGCAACAGGAAUUGUUACAGCCUUGUAGAAUAUUGCUCUUAAUUGAUCCAGGUAGGCUUUUUAAUCAAGAUAUGUAAAGUAUAAUUCUUAAAGAAUGGGAGCCCAGUUGGAGUCUUAUUUUUUUUAACAGAUGCCAACUGGAUAGUUUUAGUAUACGGGAAUCUUGGGAUGGCAGCAUAAUCACAUGUCUGAAUUUCAUAGCAUAAGGAAGAGCCAGGAAAUUUGACAAUGAAAUCUGAACGUUUAAACAUGAAAAUGAAACUGCUUGGCACAACUGAGAACACCAAAUGGUGAGAUUUACCUGCAAGUGAUUUUUACAUCUAGAACAUUGAUGUUUUUGUUUUCUGACUAAAUUCUUGCACUGACUACAAGCUUCAAGGUAGGCCCAGUGCAUUCAAGACAGUGGAUCAGAUGGUUCUGAAACUUUCCUAAUACACUUACUGGGGAUAUUUUCUUGCCAAGGUGCAUUAAAAAAGUGAGAAAAUACAGACUAAUUUAGGUGGCCAUACAAGAGCAUGUCCUAGAAAGGCACCGGGCAUCACAGUAUUUUUGUGCUCUCUAUAUGUGAAGUCAGUGAUCACAAUCCUUGUCUAGGAUUUUGGAAGUAUUCUCUAAGUUUCAGAUUUCGUGUUUAUUUUUAUAGAAUCUGUGUAAACUUCAUUCAGUCUGGAUGCAGGAAGGGUAAGUAUAGACAUUUCCAGAAGGUGUCUAAUAUUUGGGCAGUCUUUCUUGCUGGAUACACCAAUGAGAGUAUCAUUGAUUUUUAUAUUGAUGAAAUGCCAUUAGGUGCCUGAAGCCUUUACAGUAUCAGUCUUGAAAUGAUGACAUGAAUAUGGCUGUGCCAAAGAGCAAAUUGCAUAGCGUUUACAAGGAAAAGGUAAUUUCAGUAAAUACAAGAGACUUGACUGCUGUUUACAAGAGACAGACUGCUAUUUGCAAGAUAACUGCUAGAAAUCAGUGUGCUUAUGUAUUCUGUUGUUUUUCCUUCAGAGUGAGAUUGGCUUUGUUUAAGUUUUGGGAAGGAAGAUGGACAUUGUCUUAUGUAAAUAGCACCACCUGUGCAGUUUUCACCUGUUGGUUAGUUAAUUUAAACUUUUUAAAGGAAUGUGACAUUCUUGUCCAAACUAUUCUUUAUAAAUAAAGUCAAUACUGCAUGGA